AUGUUAAAAACUAAACUCACAUUUAUCGCUACAUUGUGCAUUAUAAAUACGAACGAAAUUUAUGGUCAAGUGCUGUGCAAUCGUCGGUAUUUGAACGAUGAAAUUCGAAUUGACGGUAAAGUAGUGAUCGUUACUGGUGGCACGAGUGGACUCGGAUUGGAGACUGCUCAUAAUCUCGCUAGCAGAGGUGGACGAAUCUACCUUGCAUCUCGUGGUGAGAAACGCGGAAAAGAAGCAGCGGAAGCUAUAAGACGAUCGACUGGAUAUGGAAAUGUUCAGUUCAUGCAACUGGAUCUGGGUUCGCUGAGAUCAGUGAGAAAAUUUUCGGAAACAUUUCGUAAGGAAGAGACACGUCUCGACAUUCUGAUCAAUAAUGCGGGACUGGCUUCACAUUAUAAUACGACAGAAGACGGCUUUGAAUUGAAUAUGGGUGUGAAUCAUCUGGGACAUUUUCUGCUAACAAAUUUGUUGUUGGAUCUUCUCAAAGCUUCUGUACCGAGCAGGAUUAUUGUUGUCAGUUCGAUAGCCCAUUGGAUUGGAAUUAUUGAACGGGACAAUUUGAAUAGCGAAAUUUACUUUCCAGGCAUUAUCAGAGCUUAUAGCAAUAGCAAAUUGGCAAACGUUCUUUUUGCACAUGAACUUGCAAGGCGACUAGAGAACACUGGCGUCACUGUUAACAGUUUAGAUCCCGGAUUUUCAGUGUCUGCCCUCGGACAAAAUCUGGACACCACUCUUCGUGGCCUUUUCGAAUUGGCCCAGACACUUUUCGGCCGUAACUCAGAAUACGGAUCACAGACACAUGUGAUGUUAGCAAUCGAUCCGAUUGUAAGGGUCGUUUCGGGGAAAUAUUUCUUAGACUGUGUGCAACAUCAGCCGGCUUAUCUUGCGAGAGAUGCAAACAUGGGUCGAUGGCUAUGGGAGCACAGCGAAAAACUAACGAGAUUAAAUGCACAUCAAAUGGUGUCGAAUGUGACUCAGUAA